CACGGUCACGCGAUAUCUGCGCGGAAGUCACGUGACGGGGUGAAAGAUGGAGGCGGCACUGGAGCAGCAUCUAGAGGAUACAAUGAAACACCCUUCCAUUGUUGGAGUCUUGUGCACCGACUCACAGGGAUUAAAUCUAGGCUGCAGGGGGAGCUUGUCAGAUGAACAUGCUGGUGUCAUCUCAGUUCUUCCUUUGCAGGCGGCAAAGCUUACUUUGGAUCCCACAGAUGUGCCAGUUGUGUGUUUGGAAUCUGAUAGCGGAACAAUAAUGAUUCAAAAACAUGACCGCUUGACAGUAGCAGUUCACAAGAUGUCAUCCUAACGGCUUCUUUAUGUGGAGUGGAUGAAGAGAAAAAUGUGGCAUUGCAGAUUUCAUUCUAGUUUCUUUUUUUCUGAAAAUACUUAAGUUUUUUUUGUCACUAAGCAGCUAUGCACAAAUACAGAUUAAGCUGCCUGUGGAAUCUCCCGAAGGAAAGGUUUGUGAAAUGUUACCAUUGAAGGCACUGAUACAUGUUUAGAG